UCUCCUAUCCAAACCCUCCCCAAUCAAACAAACAAAAUCGAAAAAAAAAUUCUCUCUCGUUUUCACACUCGCAUUUUCUCGGGAAAAUCGUUGGUUGUUUGUUUGAACAUUCCUGAACAGAGAUGGCGAAAGGAAAGUUGACGAAGAUCAAGUCUGUGCUGAAGAAAUUGAACUCGUUCAGCGGCAACAAGCAGAGCCGUACGAGUAGCGUGAACUCAGUUGCGGACGAUUCCUGCACGAGUACAAUCUCCAGAGAUCUCCACCCAGUUUAUGUCGGAAAAUCGCGGCGACGCUACCUUGUCGGUUCGGAGGUCAUCGACCACCCGCUCUUCCGGGAGCUCGUCGGGAGGUCCGCAGCGGCCGCUGACGAUUCCGGCGACAUCGACACAGUCAACGUGGCCUGCGAAGUCGUUUUGUUCGAACACUUGCUUUGGAUGCUCGAGAACGCUGAUCCACAGCCCGAGUCGUUGGAUGAACUCGUUGAGUUUUACGCUUGCUGAGAAUAAUAUUCUCAAUUUUCAAAAUGAAAAAAAAACAAUGAAUGAUAUAAAAACUUUAUAUAUAUAUAAAUAUAUGUGUAUGCAUGAGUAAUUCUGUAUGAUUGGGUAGAAAAUAACAAUGCGGAAUAAUGGUCCGGACGGCUCUGUAAAAGUUGUACAUUAUUUGUUCAGAGUUCAAUAAUGGUAAAAUAUAGGAUAUGAGAGAGAGAGUAUAGAGAAAAAGAAAAAUGAGAAGAGCGUUUGAGUGAUCGAUCGGACGGUUAGGGUUAGACCUUGAUUUUCAUGAUCACCUGUGGUCAGCUGAUGAUGUGGAAAAUGUCUCUGUACUUUCAUUGUUCUUAUUUGUUCAUUAUUCUUAAGAUUAAUUAAAUACUUGAUGUUUUGUUA